AUGUGGAAUGCAAGCUUUGGCAGCAGCGGCAGCGGCGUUACCAGUGGCGGGCAAGGCGGAACUCGACCCAGGAGAGGCUGGGCGCUGGUCGGUCUCGUCCUUGCUGUGCAGCUGAUCUGUUGGCGAGGAGCCAAGCUGAGCGCACGCUCGUUGGACUCCCGUGCUGCGAAUCACCUUGGCUAUGCGUCAACAGGAAGUCCUGCAUUUGAGUAUCCACCACUCGUCAAGAGGCAGAUGUUGGAAGGGGGUGCAGCUUCUCAGCCCCAAGCGAGCUACGAGCAGGUAAGGCGCCUCACCAACGAUGCAGCAGCCGGGUAUGACAGCGCCAAGCAUCACGACAAGGAUCACCACCAUCAUCACGAUGGCGACAACGACAAGAAGCACCACACUUCUUCGAGUCACAAAUCAAAGCAUUCUACAACAUCCAAGCAUCGCAGCAGCAGCAGCAGCACUAACACCAAGACAACUACCACUACCAGCACGACGAAGUCAAAGGAGCACAAGCACAGCCCCACUGCCGAACCACCACCACAUGACCCCGAGCCGGACCCGGAGCCGACGCCGGAUCCGAAGCCCGAGCCCACUGCGGGCGUGCCCGGAAGUGAUUGUCAUCCUAUCCCACUCGAGAGAGGAUCGACCGCAAGCUGCGCACACGUCAUUAAAAGCUGUCCUCCCAGAGGGCACUUGGACUAUCUAAGGUUCUACUACUGCGCAGGCGUCCAGUCGGAAGCCUUGCGGCACGAGCUUGAAUGGUCCGCCAGUGACUCCAGAGCCUCUACAUUGCACAUUACGGGCAUGGGACAGAAGCCCGAGCACGCACAGACCGAGGCCGUGGACUCGAAAAGACCCAUCUCGGCUGCGGUUCAGGCCAGUCGGACCGCAGCACUCACGCUCAUCAUCGUCUGGAUGCUCUUCUUGUUCUCUUCUGUCGGCAUCGUGGCGAGCGAUUUUUUCUGCCCCAAUCUGAGCACCCUUGCAGCUCGUCUGGGACUCAAUGAAAGCACUGUGAGUCGGGACGAGAGGUGUCAGGCGGAGAUACCAGAGGUGCGUCCUCAGUGCUGACCAAAGCUCUGCUUUUGCCUCGUUCACCAUUCAUUUAGGCUGGUGUCACGUUCCUGGCUUUUGGAAACGGCAGCCCAGAUGUAUUCUCGACAUUUGGAGCAAUGAAGUCGGGGUCUGGCUCGCUGGCAAUCGGGGAGCUGAUAGGCGCAGCCUCCUUCAUCGUCUCGGUCAUCUCGGGGUCCAUGAUGCUCAUUGCGCCUUUUCGCGUCAAGGCAUAUCCCUUUAUUCGUGACGUUGGCUUCUUUACCGUAGCUGUCACCAUGACCGUCGCGUUCCUUUUCGAUGGUCACCUGCGCUUCUCGGAAUGCAUCAGCCUAAUGAGCCUGUACAUGCUCUACGCUGCAACCGUCAUCAUCGGUUCCUGGUUUCAAGAGCGGCGGAGGAAGCAAAGAGCAGCAAUUGCUGCUGCGAGGGGCGAGUAUAUCCAGUCUAGUCCUAGCGUCCACUCAAGCCCAUUUCACAUCUCGCCGGAGAGGGUGAGCGAGCGUGCGACGAGUGAAGGCAUGAUUAGGGGGCACAGUAUGCGAUCCGACCUGGAACGGACUGGCAAUCACCUAGCUGUCCCGGGCGCAGGGGGCUCACCUUACACUUCCCCUCUGAGUCUUUCAGAAUACGAUCCGGAUGCCGACCCGAUGGAUGUUUGGGCACAGGAAGUCCGUAAUACUGGCGGAACGAGCACUCCGACUAACUUGAGUCGACAUGCAAGUCCGCAUGGCUCGCCAAGGAUAGGGCCCUCAGGCGCACCAUCGCCUGGUGCACUAUCAGCCUCGGCCUCCGCCAAUCUCGCGCGUUCACAAGCGCGCUUCCGAGCAGGAAUCGCAGCGAGACAUUCCCUGCUUGGAGCAGUGGAGUUCAGAGACGUGGUGCGCAGUCUCCAAGACGCGGCAGCGCCAGAUCGCAGUGUCGAGAUCUUCACAUCUAGAGACCCAGAAAGAUUCCUACCUCACCCCGCUCAUCAACAUGCCACUCAUCGUUCAAUCAGACCGCGUCCUAGUCGACAUGCUCGAGGCGUGAGCAUGGGCGCAAGUCCUAUGACUGCCCUCGAAGGCCCCGCCGAAGGGUUCAGUUGGAACACCAGGGGUGACGGUUCUUCAUCAGGCAGGGACCGAUCAAACUCGACAGGCGCAGCGCAGCGGCCUGCGCCUGCUCUGAACCGCAGUGUAUCUGCUAUCCCAAGCUACGGAGCAACUUCGACUUCACAGAACACGUUACCUUCGAGAAGAGCCAAUAACGCUCAGACGAAAUCUUGGAUACGUGACACCAAUGCGAAUGCUGACGUCCGCCCCGCCCCUCUGGAUGCAUCAGUCGCGGUUGAUGAUCCAUGGCGGGAAGGCAGCUCGUUUGUGCAGCAGGUAGGCGUCCCCUUUCCCCCGCAUGAUGGCUUGCACAAGAGGGAUACUAGUGGCGGCAGCGCUUCGCAUCUCGACCUUCCUCGGAUACGGACAGGUGCUGGUCGCUCACGCUCGCCCGUGCCUUCCAUUCACGUGUCGAGCCAUGGUGCAGCAGAAGAGAGUAGCCUUCCGAAAGGCGCCAGCCAGUCCAUUGAGCAUUCAAAGAGCACACUCCUUGGUCGUUCUAAGGACCCAACAGGCGCCUAUUCCCAAGUCAUGAAGCCCAGAAAUUUCCAUCGAGCCUUCGUACGCCCCUUGCGACGCGCCUUGUUCCCAUCCCUUCGACACUUCCACGAGAAGUCGUGGCUGGGUGUAGUAGUGUCCCUACUCACCGCGCCGGCUUUGCUUGUCCUCAAUUUGACCCUACCCGUCGUCGACGACGAUGGAGCUUCGCAGGUCGGAGAUGGGGAGUUUGACCAUUCUGGAGAAGGAGCAGUACACCUCGAGGGAGACGAGAGGCCCCUACAAGCGAGUGCGCCCUUCGCGGAAGGGGAGGAGGAGCGCAUCAUUCAGCUCGGUGCAACCUCAAUCUCGAUGGGGCCAGAAGACGACCCCUGGGCCGCCAGAGACCGAGAAGAAAAUCGCAAGCGGGACCUGGACGUGGCGAAGGCGCUCAAGGCGUUGCCACGGGGAGAACAGUCCUUAGACGAUGCUGCGUCUGCUGCAACCGCGUCGGUAGAAGGGGCACAUCAAGGACACGGCGCCGACACGGUCACAGGAGAUGUGGAAGAUGUGGCGAGCGAAUGCGAGUCCUUCGACUCGCACAAAGCCGUCGGCUUCGCCGGGGCGCCUUUACUUCAGACGGUCGCGCAGUGCGCCUUAGCACCGCCGUUCAGUGUCUGGUCGGUGACCGAUCCACGCGGAAAGGGACAAGGCUGGAAGAUUCUGCUAGCGCUUCUGAUCGGUCUAGGCUUGGGCGUGGUCGUGUUUCUCAUCGGGAUCAGGGCAAAGAUACAUGGAGGCGCCUGGAACUCGCGACAGUCCAUUCUAGCUGCUGGCAUGGCGCGUUGCUGUCUCGGGUUCCUGGUCUCUGUCAUGUGGAUCAUGACCAUCGUGGAUGAGGUGGUGACAAUCCUGCAAACUGUCGGCGUCAUUAUGGGUCUCUCGGACGCCAUUUUGGGCUUGACCGUCUUUGCAAUGGGUAAUUCGCUCGGCGAUCUCGUAGCAAACGUCACCAUAGCCCGGAUGGGUCAUCCGGUCAUGGCUGUGAGUAUGCGAUAAAUGAUCGCUCUACAGCUUCUACAUGACAUUGAGGCAGGCUGACCUCUGGUCCGUGCUGCAGAUUUCCGCAUGCUUCGCAGGGCCACUGCUGAAUCUUCUACUUGGAAUCGGUAUCUCGGGCUCCUACCUUCUCUCGGGCGCAUCAGCCUCGGCAGCAGGACCGCAGUGGGCAGAUGGCGUCUACCACAUCGACUUUAGCCCGACAUUACUCGUCUCGUCCAUGGGACUCCUGACCAUCCUGAUUGGCACGCUCAUCGCAGUGCCUUUGAAUGGUUUCUACCUCUCAAGACCGCUGGGAUGGACCUUGAUCGGCACUUAUGCUGUCAUCAUGACGACUAACAGUGAGUGGACCGCAGAUCUGGUACUGGCAGCUUCAUCGCUUAGCCUUUGCCUGGAUCUUCGCAGUCCUGGUCGAGAUCUUCUACAAUCGCAAGCACAGCUACGGGCACCUCUUCAUCUGA